UCUAUAUGUGCGGUUGCUUGAAAGACUGAAGCAGAGGAGCGAGCAGAGCAAGAUUAGUAACGUUCGAUUGAGUCUGCAAGCAGCGGCGGCAGUUUCGGUUCGACCGUGGAGUUGAAUCAGUGCGCGCGAAAUUCUUCCGUUCGCCGAAGGGAGAAAGUGAGUUCGGAAGCUGGCCGCGGUGCACGGAAUUCGACCCACGUUGAUCGUAUUUUGAUUAUCGGAGUGCAUAAAUCAAUUUACAUUCACUGCGAGGGACUGUGCCACUGGUGUUUGUUGGGCCUGCAGCCAUUCCAUUCGGUCUACAACUCCACUCAAUUCCAUCAUCCAGUGGGUUUCGGGAAAAGCGUGCUCCAGGUACUUCCGGGAGGCCAUUUUUCACACUUCGCUUAAUUCAAUUUGGAUUCCGUUUUCCCGUUGCCCACCCUGCCAUCUAACCCCCGGGCAAGUGCGUGUAAGUAUAAUGAGCCCUCGCCCAAACAAACCGGUGACGAAAUCGACGCCGAUAAUGACGCCGAGAACGAUGAUGAUGAUUGGGAUUUUCUGGAUGGCCAUUAUUUUCUCAUUAUCGGGAGGACAAGAAAUUGAUUCCGGCUCGGAAUUGAACAAAGAAUCGGUAUCGAAGAGCAACGAAACGGUCGCUGGCAGCUCCAAUGAUGAUAAAUUACGAGUGACGAUUUAUUACGAAGCACUUUGCUACGACAGCAUCUCAUUUAUCACAAAUCAGCUUGCUCCGGCGUGGCAGAAGCAUCGCGACCAGAUGGACCUCAAGUUGGUCCCUUUCGGGAAGGCUUAUAUUGAUGAUUCCAACCCGGCUGAUCCUGUUUAUUACUGUCAGCAUGGUCGUCGGGAGUGCAAUCUCAACAUCUUGCACGGCUGCAUCCUGGCCAAAUUGCCCUUGGAGAAAGCGUUCCCUGUGGUGGCAUGUCUGAUGAAGGGCACACGCACAACCUUCGAUCAGUGCAUCAGCCGGAAUAAAUCGGUCAAGAAAGCAAUUAAGGAAUGUUCUCAAGGUCAAGAGGGAGCGCGGUUGUUCAAGGGCUAUGAGGAUGAUACAAACAAAGUUGCAACACCAUUGUCAUUCGUCCCAACCAUUGAGGUCGAUGGGGUCUACGAUAUCUUUGAACAGGAUCGUUGGUUAUACGGUUUUGAAAACAAGCUCAGAACGACAUAUGAGAAGAAAACCGGCAGGAGCUUAAAACAAAGUAUUGUUGCUAACUAACUAGAAAUUUAAGAGCUGCAAUUACAUUUAGAUUUUUUUUUUAUUUUUUAUUACCGAGACUUUUAGCCCGAGGCUGGCUCGUCUCGAAUACAUAGGUCGACAUAUUAUAAUUAAUAAAGCAUAUUUAACUCAUAUGAAACCAG